CAAUUUUUAUGUAAUUCCCUAAAUAUUACCUUUAUUCUAUAGCUUAAAAAUAAAACGAGCAAAAUAAACAGAAACAAAGUAAAUCUUUAAACAACAACAAUAAUAAUCAGAUCAACAGAAACAACUUAAUAGACAUGCGCCGCUUGAGGUCGACAGCGCUGCUGUCUCCGUUGUUGUUGCUGCCUCUGCUGCUCUACAAAGAUUGCGACGCACAGGAAGUUAGUUAUGCUGCCACGCCCACAGCGACGGUCUCCGCCUCUGCUUCUGCUUCUUCCUCUGCCUACUCCUCCGCUCAACGCUAUGCCAACUACACGGAACUUGCGCGUGCGGUUCGCGCCUCACUGCUGACGCAUGAGCACCGGCAGCGGAAACGCCAGCUGCUCCAUGGACGCGCCAAGCGAGCUGUGAAGCGCGUGUGCUAUGGCGAGCUGGGUUGCUUCGAGGACUCUGGACCAUUCGCCUAUUUGGAGAUGCUGCCCUCCCCGCCCGAGGAGAUCAACACCAAGUUCUAUUUCUACUCAACGCGCCAGCGCUCGGAUCGACCGCUCAUGGAACUAUCGUUCCUCAACAUGACCGCCGCAUUUCGCAAUAAGACGAAACGCGAGUCACCAGUGGACGCCACCAGCGCACCCACAGCGCUACCCGUGAAUGCCACAGGCAGUGGCAGUGCGACAGAUAGGCCCAACAGCAGCCUCAACUCAGCAAAGAAACUGCCCUCCAUCGAUGAUCUAGAAGGUUUCGAUGAGCUAUCCGUGCGAGUCAUUGUGCAUGGAUUCGGCUCCGCGUGUCCACACGUCUGGAUUUACGAGAUGAAGACGGCGCUCAUGGCUGUGGAGGACUGCAUUGUGAUUUGUGUGGACUGGGAGAACGGUGCCAACUUUCCGAACUACGUCCGAGCAGCUGCGAACACACGCUUGGUGGGCAAGCAGCUGGCGAUGUUGUUGCGCAAUCUGCAGCAGCAUAAGGGUCUCAACCUGUCCCAUACGCAUGUUAUUGGCUUUAGUCUGGGUGCACAUGUUUCGGGCUUCGCGGGUGCUGAGCUGCCAGGAUUAUCGCGAAUAACAGGUCUUGAUCCGGCGGGACCUCUAUUCGAGGCGCAGCAUCCGAAAGUGCGGCUCGACAGCAGUGACGCGGAGUUCGUUGACGUCAUCCACUCAAAUGGAGAGAACUUGAUACUGGGCGGCUUGGGCAGCUGGCAGCCUAUGGGCCACGUGGAUUACUAUCCAAAUGGAGGACGCGUGCAGACAGGAUGCUCCAAUCUCUUUGUUGGCGCUGUCACCGACUUCAUUUGGUCGGCCCAAGCUGCGGAGGAUGAGGAGGGUCGUUCGCUUUGCAAUCAUCGACGUGCCUACAAGUUCUUUAUUGACUCAGUGGCGCCGCGGUGCAUGUUCCCUGCCUUCCCCUGCGCCAACUACGAUGACUUCCUGAAGGGCAAGUGCUUUCCCUGUGCUCAGGAUGAUGAGGACUUGGCCGAGGGCGUGCCACGUUGCGGCAACAUGGGCUACUAUGCCGAUCGCUCCACUGGCCGUGGUCAGCUGUAUCUGCUGACUCGUGAGGAAGAGCCCUUCUGUGCUCACCAGUUCCAGUUGCAGAUCUUCAACUCGUUCAACGAUUUGCCAUUGCGGACCAUUGGGCGGUUAGAGGCUAUACUGGAGGGCGAUGGCGGUUUGAAUGAGACUUUUGAAAUAUCAGAAAAGGACGAUGCCGAAUUCUUUGCUGGUGACAUUGUCUCAAAAAUCAUUGUUCCGCAUCCGGCGCUCGGCUUCCCCACCACCCUUAGCCUGCACUACAAGUCGUACAGCGGUUGGCUGUCCAAGGGUUUGCCCCACUGGGACAUUGAUAAGGUGGUGCUGACGGAUAGCUUCGGUCGCAGUCACUCGCUGUGCAAGCCCUCGACUAAGUUGAGUAGCGGCAGUCCGGUGCGGAUGAAGCUGCAGCCCGGCAACUGCGAGCUGGAUAACCAGGAUGAGUAUGGGGCCUAUACAACACCGCCAGCAUCAUCAACAGUGUCUGCGGUCACAGGAGUAGCCAGCACUGAUGUGCCUGACUCAAGUGUUCAGGAGUCGGGUCUGUCGGCUGUUUCGGCCGCUGUUGAUGGUGUGGAGAGUGUGAAGCAGCGCAAGGAUAUUUUCAAUUUAGGCACGAGCUUCAAACUCGCUCAGAACCACACCUAUCCACUCGAUCAGACAGAUGAGUUGCCUUGGCAGCCCAUCCUAGUUGGAAACUCGUUGGACAAGGAGCCAGCCGAGUCGAGUCGCAGUCUUUCCGCAGAUGCGCCCAAUGUGGAGCGCAACGAGAUAUUUGAGCCCAUACUCAAGGACAGACGUCCAAAUGUCAAUCGCGGUCGCAACCUGCAGGAUUAUGCUACAACGGAGGAGAUUGUAGAGCCAGUACUCAAGGCCACUACGCCGCGUAUUAAGCAUGGCAAGGAGUUGCAACCCGCAGAGCUUGCAACCAGCACUCCAACAGACCCUACUACGCUGGCACCACCUCCACCUACACCACCAACACCAUCCGAUAGUCGCCCCAAAAUAAUGGCCCAGCUUUCCAAUGGCCAGGAUGAGCCGCAAACGGUGCAAUUGCUGCCCUUCCGUUUGAGUGAACUGCUGCAGCGCGCCGAGCGCUAUGCGCGCGAAACUCUGCUGCCUCUGAUUUCGGUGCAGGCACCUCGAUUUUUCGGCUUCAACGUAACCCCCCACGAUCGGGAGCCGCUCAGUCGGGGUGAGUCGCGCAAGCCGCGCUAUAUUCCGCGGUAUGAGCAAGCAGCGUUUCUCAACACCAGCCAGACCAAGCAGUUGCCAUCAAAGCAGCAGCAACAGCAGCAGCAGCAGACAGCAGCGCGUCGCACUGCAGUGCAGCAGCGGAACUUGUUCCGUUUGUUGCGCGCCGAUGCGGCAACGCCGCGCACGCGCUCCUCCCAUCGACGACAAACGGCGAGCGAGGAGCAGCAACAGAACGAGGUCAACUAUUAUACGAACGUGCUGCUCACAGAGUCGCGUUCGAUGCGACCCGAGACGCCCGAGUACCGGCCGGUCUUUAUAGAGCUUCCCACAUAUCGACCGCAGGCGCCCAAAACACAGUCGGCGCAGGCACGACCUUGA